CAGGCGCCAUUCGGUUUUGCGCUCUCCGAUUUACCUUUCGCCUCUUCGGAAUUUCAGGGUUCAGAGGAACACUGGAAAAUUGGAAACCCAUUUCUUCCGUCCGAUAAACCCUCGAAAUCUCCUUUCAAUUCGUCGGAAAUGGGAGAAAACAAGCGUAAAAGAGGCCGAAAGCCUAAAAAUGCCAAGCCGGAGGCCCAAGAUUUUCCUCCGCCGACCACCGCUACGGCCACCAGUGUUGCGAUGGUUAUGGACGAUGUUUUUUCAGUCAGCAACGUUGAACUUAUGGACCCAGCUUCCACUUCCAAACAUCACCAGAACCGCCGUGGGAGGCCGAAGAAGCUUUCGAAGCAUGUGGAGAAUCCCGACAAGUUCCCGCAAUUGUCUCCCUCUAGACGUGGCUCUCGUGGAGUCGAAAAGGGGGAAUUUACUGCUUCCGUCGAUGUUUUGCCGCCUGCUGUCGUUGCGGAGCGGGCGCAGCCGGAGUGGCCGGGUAUUGCGAGAGUCGUGCCGGCGAUGGAUGCUGUUGUGAAGGUGUUUUGUGUGCAUACGGAGCCGAAUUUCUCGCUUCCUUGGCAGAGAAAGAGGCAAUAUAGCUCCAGUAGCAGUGGAUUUGUGAUUGGUGGAAGGAGGGUGCUUACUAAUGCUCAUUCUGUCGAGCAUUAUACCCAGGUUAAGCUUAAGAAGCGUGGGUCCGAUACAAAGUAUUUGGCUACCGUACUUGCAAUCGGGACUGAAUGCGAUAUCGCAAUGCUUACUGUUGACGAUGACGAGUUUUGGGUGGGAGUUUCACCGGUAGAAUUUGGGGAAUUGCCUGCCCUUCAAGAUGCUGUAACUGUUGUUGGUUACCCAAUUGGAGGUGAUACAAUUUCUGUCACAAGUGGGGUUGUAUCGCGGAUAGAGAUCCUGUCUUAUGUUCACGGGUCUACUGAGCUUCUGGGCCUUCAGAUAGAUGCUGCUAUAAACUCUGGUAAUUCCGGUGGGCCUGCCUUUAAUGACAAAGGCAACUGUGUAGGCAUUGCAUUUCAGUCACUGAAGCAUGAAGAUGCCGAAAAUAUAGGCUAUGUCAUACCAACACCGGUUAUAUUGCAUUUUAUACAGGAUUAUGAGAAGAAUGGAGCAUAUACAGGGUUUCCAAUUCUUGGUCUUGAGUGGCAGAAAAUGGAAAAUCCUGAUCUUCGCAAGGCUAUGGGUAUGAAGCAAGAUCAGAAGGGUGUCCGUAUUAGGCGUAUCGAUCCCACUGGCCCAGAAUCCAAAGUUUUGAAGCCUGCAGAUAUUAUUCUCAGCUUUGAUGGGGUUGAUAUUGCAAAUGAUGGAACAGUUCCUUUCCGGCAUGGUGAGCGUAUUGGUUUCAGUUACCUUGUCUCCCAGAAAUAUACUGGUGAUAGUGCAACAAUAAAAGUUCUGCGCAACUCUGAGACACUCAGUUUUACCUACCAGCUUUCAUCUUACAGAAGGCUCAUUCCUGCCCAUAGCGAGGGCAAAGCUCCUUCUUAUUACAUUAUUGCAGGAUUUGUCUUUAGCACUGUAUCAGUUCCUUAUCUCCGUUCUGAGUACGGAAAGGAUUAUGAAUAUGAAGCUCCAGUCAAACUUUUGGACAAACUAUUGCAUUCAAUGCCACAAUCACCAGAUGAGCAGCUAGUAGUGGUUUCUCAGGUACUUGUGGCUGAUAUCAACAUCGGAUAUGAAGACAUCGUUAACACCCAGGUUCUUGCUUUCAAUGGUAAACCCGUGAAGAACCUCAAGAGCUUGGCUAACAUGGUCGAAAGUUGCGAUGAUGAGUUUUUGAAGUUUGAUUUAGAAUAUCAACAGAUAGUUGUCCUCCGUACAAGCACAGCCAAAGCAGCCACUUUAGAUAUUCUGGCAACACACUGCAUACCCUCAGCUAUGUCUAACGAUCUCAAGGCCUAACUUCAGAUUGAAAAAUUAGGUACACUUGAUUACAUAAUUUUUCGUACUCCGUUUUCCAACCUGCUGAGUAUGUCAAGGUUCUGAAGGGUUCCAUUUGUAGUAUGUGUAUGCUUUCCCUCUUCACGACGCUGCGUUUACUGCAAACGGUAGGAUGUAGUAGGUGUUCUGAAGGAUUAGUAUGUAGGAUAGUAUGAAUCAGGUGUUAGAAUUGAAUUGUAUCGACUUCUCAGCUCUUGGAAGUUUUGAUUAAAAUGAUAUUAGUAGCAAGUUAGGCGAAUUUGACAGCUUUAUCAGUUCAUCAAAUCACUAUACUACUGAAACUCUUUACCAUUGGAUAAUGCAUCGAAAAUCAGCCUAUA